UUUAAAGGAAACUAAUUAGUGUUAUAUUCUACGCAACACACGACACCGUUUUUCUGUGUCAACGAUGAUUGAAAAGCUCAAUUUAACGUGUGAUGUGCUUCAGUCACACCGACAACUCGCUUGCUGUCCCUCCUAUUGUGGUGUACCACUGCAUGGCAAGGACAUGCUCAUCUACAGCAACGUGGACAUAGAGCAGAAGCCCCUGAUGCUCACUGGCCACCAUGGCGAGGUCAGUGCCAUGACUUUUGGAAAAAGAAGCAGUCCUGUUCUGCUCUGCUCGGCCUCCGCUGACUAUAUCAUUGUCUGGGAUAUUGAAUUGUGCCAGUUGAGAACACAGGAGGGUAAAGUUGCAGCUGGAACAGUUAUUGGGACUCUACUGGGAGAAGUGGUCCAUCUUUCAUUCUGUUUCUCUGAUGAACGAGUGGCAGCAUGCGCAGGAGCAACUGUAUAUAUUCUCAGCUCAAAGAGACCGGAAGUGAUCUCCACGUUGACCUGCCACCUCGGACCUUUAACAUCAGCAGAGUUCUGUCCCUGGAAUAAAGACAUUCUUGUCACCACAUCAGAGGACCGCACUUUCAAAGUGUGGGAUUUAAAAACUGAAGCUGUUUGCUACCAGUCGUUUGUACUUUCAGCCUCUCCACUGCUCAGUGUGUUCCUCCUAGAGGAGAACAGGCACAUUAUCACGGGCUCAACUGAUGGACAGCUGUGGUGCUUUUCUCUUCCCGAUGACCACAAGUGUCUCCUGGUGACCAAAAUAGACCUUCAAAAGGUGGAAAAAAUACAUCAAAUGCACCGAGGGACUGUGAAAGAUCAAGCAGAACAAUCAGCUGAAGAUGAAGUGAAGACUUCAAAACCUGUCCUCAGAAUGGCUUUGUGUAACUCGUUCACUGACGCCAGUAGUGAGCAUAAAACGGACAACAGCUGUUUAUGUAUUGGGAGCUUUGAUGGCCUGUAUGUGGUGGAUCUGGCUACCUCAGAACUCCUCACAGCAAUAUAUUUCAAAGACUGCCCCAGCUUGAGCAUCACAAUGGCGGGGUCCUGGUCCAUCUCUCCCGGCUGGGAUGACUCCAUGGUGUUUCUUGUGAGCUCUUUGUUCACUCCCUGUGUCGUCCUGUUGGAGUUACGUCUCGGUGAGCUCAGGAGGACCCCGGCUCGUGGGGAAGGCUUUUCCAUAUUCCCCAGUUCUCCUCCACUGCUCGAGUCUCCUCUGAAUGCCGAGUUAAAGAAGAGGGAGCCUGAGCAUCCUCAAAAAAAAAAAGGAGGACUAAAGGAGCAGCCUCUGGUCUUCCACUCCAACGUGAAGUCAUCUGGAUACACCAGCGCCCCAAGAAAUAGGAUGUUUUCACCGAAAACAAAUAGCCAGAAGAAUCCCUCCUCUAAAAAGGCUAACAAACAUGUAGGUUCACUCCUCAGAGAUUAUCCAGCAGACAUUGCAGCACCUCUGAUUUCACGUAUUGAUCUAAGCAUUGCCAAUAAGCCAGUCAACUGCCUUCAAUAUUCAGGUGACGGGAAACAAAUACUGUGCGGUCUUGGCGACAGCACAGUGUUAUUGUACAACACCUCGCUUGCUGGCAACCCAACUGUCUACACAGGGCAUGACAAGCCAGUGAGCAGCGUGAGCUGGAGCCUCAGCAGACAGUGGUGGUCGAGUGCGUCAGAAGACCAGUCGGUCCGAGUCUGGACCCCUGGCAGCCCAGAGCCGGCCAUAACCAUGGGGGACAGAAUCAUCUCCAAACCCAUUAGAGGUGCUCAGUUUUAUUACCUGGACAAAUUUCUGCUUCUGGCGUCUGGCCCAUGCCUCUCCUUGUACCUGUACAAUGUGGACGUCACACGGGACAACAUCAAAAGAUAUCACCAACGGAGUGUCGUCAAAUUGACCCGACGCUUUACCACGACGUCAGCAACAGACAUCACGACCUUUUCUGCAAUCAAUGAUUUCUUCUCUUACAUUGUUCUGGUGGGUGGUUCUGAUCGAUCCCUUCAAGUAUUUGACAUGAACACGGGUGCAGUGUCCUCCAGGCUGCCUGAAGCCCACAGCAGAGCCGUCCACUGCAUCACACAGAACAAGGGCUCCAUGUUCAGCACACAAGCGCCGGAUUCAUACAACCUCUUCCUCACCAGUGCAGUCACGGAUGGUGUGAAGAUGUGGGACCUCCGUACAAUGAGGUGUGUACGGCGCUAUGAGAACCAUCUAAACCGCUGCCAUCCGUGCUCUUCAGCCAUAUCGCCGUGCGGCCGCUUCAUUGCCUCCGGCUCCGAAGAUAACUGUGCAUAUAUUUAUGACAUACGCAGCAGCAGCUACCUCCACAAACUUCAAAAACAGUCAGACACAGUGCUCAGUGUGACCUUCAACCCCGCCACCCCAGAGUCCUGGCUCACGUCUCACCACAUCAUCACAUCAUCAAGAAUCAAACUGCAGCUGGCAUGGCAUCUUGGCGUGGCAGGCUGGCUGGUGUCCACCAAAUCAAAAUACGCCAUGAGGAAGGGCGGUGUGAGUGAGUCUGUGACGCUGGAUGGGAAGCUGAGACUGUUUCAGUCCACCAGUGGUGCUGCUGUGCAUCGUGUCCCCAACAUGACUGUGUGA